GCCAAGAGCUCUCUUCUCGACUCCGCUGCCGCUUCAACCGACGCCCGUGGCGCACCGGUCGAAGAAAUACGGUAGCGACUAAAGAUAGCCACCGAGCGGACACUGCUCAUUGAACCUUUUACCCAAAUGGACGGAGACGAUUCUCUCGAAAUCCUUCGCGGAAAGCUUGUCGCGGGCCAUCGGCGCGGCCAUUCGAUCGUCGUUGGCGGCGCCCACGAGCGCCAGAAACUGCAGAAGGAGCACGAGGUGCAACGCCUGCAGAGCGUGCUGGAGAAGCAGACCAAGGCGCUCGAAGAGUCCCAAGAAGAAACGCAGCUGGCCGCGCGCAUUGGCCAAUCCCUCUUGCGUCAGAACCAGCAACUCGACUACGAGAUGGAAGAUCGCGUCGGCAGUCUCACGCAGCGCUGCGAAGAUGCCGAGGCCCAUGUCAAGAGCCUGAGCGCCAAAGUCGCCGAACUUUCGGCCAAGUACCGCGUCCUGGACCUCCAGCAUGCCAAGGUCCUACACGACCAGAGCGCGGCAGACGCCGACGGCGCUACUGCAAGAUGUGUGGCCAAGACCCUUCGCGACGAGUUGGCGUCGGCCAAGGACGACGCUCGCUUCCUGCGACGCGCGCAAGACGACUUGCUCACCGAAAUUGCGGGGCUUCGCGAGCGCAAUAUCGCCCUUGUGGCCGAGACCAAGCAGCUUCACGCCGAAAACACAGCACUUCAGCGGCACUGCGACGACCUGCUUGACAUCAACCACGAGCAAACUCAGCGCGUGCGUCAGCUGGAGGAAGCCCACGCAAUGGCAGUCGAAGCGCUCCUGGAGGUGCAGCCAAAGUUCAAAGCGCUUCAAGUCAACCAUGCGCAGUCUCUCUCCGAGUUGCGGCUUCUCACGGAGCAGUUCGAGACAACACGAGACGACGCCGAGUCGGCGGCGGCGCAGGUGCACGCGUUGCGCGACGACCUCGCCGCGCUCACCGAGCAGCUCGAGCAGGAGAAGCGAGUGGCGCACGAUCUGCUACUAAAAAACGAAGAGCUCGUCGACACCAUUGCAACAGUCCCAACGCCAAAGCACUCGCGCCAGCCAAGCGAGCUGUCGUCGCCGCGUGGCUAUACGCGACAACUGAGCGGCGCGCACAGCCGACAGCCGAGCGAGUUCGACUUGAGCACGAUGCUGCACCAAGAAUCGGCGCUCGAGCGACGCCGGGCAGAGAUCCUCAAGCGCGGGUCGCUCUUCCACGAGCUCUCCAUUGAGCUCGAGAAGGAGUUUGUGCGGGCCAAACAGUCGCCUGCCAAGCUACCCAUCCCUGCAGCCCCAAUGUCGUGCGCCACAUGCCCACUGCUCAUGCAGCGCGAAGCCGCGCAGACGCAAAAGGUGGCUUCGUUGUCGCUUGAGGUGCAGCACCUCAAGCAGCGACUGGCGACGACCUUGCCGCCACCAACGACCGUGAAAGCCAAGGACGACGACCUUGUCGACGACAUUCUCAAAGAGUUUUUCGUGCUCACGGCUGCCGCCAUCAAGAUGAACGGCGCGGGCUUGGAAAACGACCGCUGCAACAUCAGCAACGAAGUCUUGUACGAGAAGGCGAUUGAAGCGGGCGUGACCUUUGAGCGCUACUAUGCGUGGAUCCAGCACGAGUUGGAAGGCAAGAACGUCCCGACGCGCUACCUUCGCCGACGAGUGUAGGCGGAUACUGCACGCCUGUCUUCAACACAGAUUGAUAAGCCUUGGCAACUGCGAGCUGGGAAUUCGAGAGCA